AUGUGGACAAACGCAUCCGGCUUGCGGGGCCGCAAGCUCCGUCUCGCCAUCACCUUCACCUCCGUCGUAGGCUUCUCCCUCUUCGGUUAUGAUCAAGGCUUGAUGUCUGGUAUCAUCUCGGGUCCCAUGUUCACUAAGGAGUUCCCGCCGCUGGCCACGCCUUCCGACCCGACCCUCCUCUCCCAUGUCUCAGUCCUCCGCGGUGCAGUGACCUCCUGUUAUGAGCUGGGUUGUUUCUUUGGUGCCAUCUUCACCCUCACCUACGGCGAACGCAUUGGCCGUACGCCUUUGCUGGUGGCCGGUGGCCUCCUAAUGAUUCUCGGUACCGUGAUCUCCUCCGCUGCUUUCGGCCCCCAGUGGGGUCUAGGCCAGUUCGUCAUCGGCCGUGUCAUUUCCGGUGUCGGAAACGGUAUGGAUACGGCCACCAUUCCCGUCUGGCAGUCCGAGUGCUCUAAGGCUCACAACCGUGGGUUCCUCGUCUGUUUCGAGGGUGCCAUCAUCGCCGUCGGCACCUUCGUCGCCUACUGGAUCGAUUUCGGUCUCUCGUACGUGAACACAUCGGCCCAGUGGCGCUUCCCGGUCGCCUUCCAGAUUGUCUUCGCCAUCAUGGUGAGCGUCGGCGCUCUCAUGUUGCCCGAGUCCCCGCGCUGGUUUGUCAUGCGAGGCCAUGACAAGGAGGCCUGUGAGGUGCUGGCCAUGCUCAACGAUAGCCAGCCCGACGCCGAGGAUGUGCUCGCGGAUUUCAACCUGAUGAAGGCUGAUCUCAAGGCCACCGAGGGCAACAAGGCCAGCUGGAAGCAGCUGUUCACCUUCGGCAAGACUCAGGAAUUCCAGCGUAUGAUGAUCGGUUGCUCCGGCCAGUUCUUCCAGCAGUUCACGGGCUGCAACGCCGCCAUCUACUACUCGACACUGCUUUUCCAGCAGAACCUGCACAUGGAAGGCAAGCUCUCGUUGGUCCUGGGCGGUGUUUUCGCCACGGUCUACGCUCUGGCGACGAUCCCCUCCUUCUUCAUGAUCGAGAAGGUGGGCCGCCGCAACCUGUUUUUGAUCGGUUUCCUGGGUCAAGGUUCCAGUUUCAUCAUCACCAUGGCUUGCCUGAUUGAUGCGAACAAGCAGAACUCCAAGGGUGCCGUCGUCGGUAUUUUCCUGUUCAUCGUCUUCUUCGCCUUCACGACUCUGCCGUUGCCCUGGAUCUACCCGCCCGAGAUCAACCCGCUUCGCACCCGUACCAUGGCGGCGUCGGCCUCUACUUGCACCAACUGGAUUACCAACUUCGCCGUGGUCAUGUUCACGCCCGUCUUCUCUUCCGCCAGCCCCUGGGGUAUCUAUCUCUUCUUCGCCCUGGUCAACUUUAUCGCCAUUCCUUUUGCUUGGUUCUUCUACGUUGAGACCGCAGGCCGUGAUCUGGAGGAGGUUGACAUCAUCUUCGCCAAGGCCCACAUCGAGAAGAAGUGGCCGUACCAGGUUGCGCAGGAGCUGCCCAAGCUCUCCGUUGAACAGAUCGCUCAAAUGCAGCAAGAGCUGGGCCUGGAUAUCCAGGACCUGCACGUCGCUUCUGAAGCCGAGAAGGUGGAGAUCGCCACGAGCAGUGGCGAUAGCGACGAGAAGCAUGCCUCUGAUUAA